CUCUGAGUUCUCUUAGUUUCACAAUCACAUGUUCUUAUUUCCCCGGUAACCGUCAACUCCUGCAAUUCGCAUUAAAGACAACAAUUAAUGGGAUUAAAACAAGUUUUCCUCAAGACCGUUACAAGGCUCUACGGCCAGAAACGGCUUGCACCGGAAAAGGCUUAAAUGGGCAUUCAAAUCGUCUACUUAAUGACGAGCUAGAGCAUUUUAAAGCUCCGAUAAACAGAGCAUUUCAUUGUUGUUGCUUUCGCCAUUAUUUCGGGCAUGAUUCAAGAGCUUUCUCAAAUCAAUACGAUCUCAUGAUCCUAAUUAAUAACUUCAAUUAGUCUUAAAUGGUAUUAUUAUAUCUCUUUAAUAGAUUUUAAUCCCGCCCUUAAUUUGGAGUUUAUUGUUUUCUGUAAUUUUAUUGACACUCUUAAUUGGGAGUCUAACAUUUAAUUGCUUGAAAUGUCAGUUACAACACGGAUAACGGUCUCCCUUUCGAAUAGGGUUGUGGUUAAAACCCCGAGUAUUGUUCUUUAUUGAGUAAUUAUGAUUCCAACAUUUAGUGGGGCAAUAAUUUUGUUUUAUAUUAAUAUCUUAAUCUCCAAUUCAUCAAUUAUGAAGGUGAAUGGUCAGAUGAAUUUGAAUUUAGAUAUUAAAUUCAUUUAUUGGCUUAUUGAUACAUCAAACCAUAUUUUGUAAUGUAACUUUAUUAUAUACAUUUAUUGACUUAUUGAUACCCAUGUAACCAAUGUCAUGAACUCAUGAUACAAGUGACUAAUGAGUCACUAAAGCGACAUCCUCUUUAUGGUGCUCUUUGGUCUUUAAUGGUUCGCGAUAACAAUAAAAACAACAUUGGACAUUUAUUCUUCAGAUGCCCCCUAACCACCAAGUUGUGGACUUUAGUGGGAUUGAGAAACUUCAUUGAUUCCGCCCCGACUGUUAAAUUUAGUCUAUGGUGGCGACAUGUCAUGAUCCCUGAGAUCUCCCCAUUCCACAUUCUCCACUGCGUCUGUAUACUUUGGAGAGUUUGGAAGUUUAGAAAUAAAGUGACUUUGAAUUCUACCACCCUCAUGUCCUUUCACUCGCCAGUCAAUUUUACUACCAGGUCCUUGAAGUUUCCAAUUGUCACCCCCUCCUCCGCCCCCAGUUCGCUCCUCCCAAAUCCUCCCCCUCUUGACAGCCUCCACCAGACUACUUUUUGAAGAUCAACUUUGAUGCAACUAUUCGUGUCUCAGGGUUCUCGUCUAGUCUUGGUAUCCGUGCGUCAGAUGGACAUGUAGUGAUGGCUGCCGGUUUGCCUCACCAGGGAGUAGCCAAGCCUUACCUGGCAGAGCUCCUAGCAGUAAGAGAUGCUAUCACCAUCGUCGCCUCAAGUUUCUUGACUCACGUGAUACUGGAAGGUGAUUCGAAGUGGUCACCAUCCAGAUUCAACAAGGUAUUCUCGAAGGUUCCAUUGGAGGUCCGGUGCACCGGGAGUGUCGCCAGUUCUUAGACUCUUGAAAUAUUAAUCAUAAAUCAUAUCAUAGCUUCACCAAUUUUAUAUUUGUUUGACCUUGUAAUUGUUGCGAAGAUGAACCAUUCUGGAUUGGCAAGUUAUUGUGGCAGAUGAAACCAUACAACAAUUAAAUUGUAUUUUUCUACAAAAAAAAAAUUUAAUUGUAUUUUUGUAAAAUAGUAUUAAAUCUUAUGGUAGGGAUGGUCCGAUCAUAUAUAUUAUCUAUUAUUGUUCGAACCGGUAGAUACUCAAACAUUAUAAAAAUACCAUACUAGCGGGUGUUAAAGAAGUUAAAGUAGCAAUAAUCGAUAAUACUUAUCGAUUUGAAUAUAUUGCUUUAUUUUAACAUGAUCUUAUAUGGAAUUUGAGAAAAAUCGUCUUUAACAUUACUAACGAUCGUCUUGAAAAACAACAAAGUUAACUUUUUAACCUUUUGUCUUUUUUAGCUUCCUACGCCGGAGGAGAGGCGGAAGCUUGUGUUCUUGUAAAGGAAGAGAAUAGAAGGAAUAUGGAGUUGUUUGGUUGUGACGCGAAUGAAAAGUAUAAAAUGGGCAAUAGGGUUUAACAUUACUAACGAUCGUCUUGAAAAACAACAAAGUUAACUUUUUAACCUUUUGUCUUUUUUAGCUUCCUACGCCGGAGGAGAGGCGGAAGCUUGUGUUCUUGUAAAGGAAGAGAAUAGAAGGAAUAUGGAGUUGUUUGGUUGUGACGCGAAUGAAAAGUAUAAAAUGGGCAAUAGGGUUUACGAAGUAAUUUUAGGAUGAUUCUUAACAAUCCAAUAUUACAUUGGUACAAUAUCAUAUAUAUUAAUCACAGUUGUACUACUAUGAUACCAUAUUAUUAAUUUUUCUGAUACAACUUCCGAUAUUAUUUCCAAACCAUAUUCUUCAUGGAUGAUAUAACACCAUAAUAAUAUUUCCAAACCAUAUUCUUCAUGGAUGAUAUAACACCAUAAUAAUGACAACAUAUUUGAACUAUGAUACCUUAGUCAAAAAAAUAUUAGUUUUAACACUAUUUAUCAUUUCAUCGGAAAACGUAAGAGAGUGAAGAAAAUUCAUAAUUAACAUCUUCCAACAACUUUAGUUAUCUGGAUCAUAAAAUAGUUUGUUACAUGGUAUCAGAGCUAAUUUGAGCAAGUGAUCACGUUUUUGAAUCUCCACAGUUCUAAAUAUUAUAAGUUGAUUUCAACACAAGAUAUGAGAAAGCCUAUGCAAACUUGAGUUCAUGAGUUGUUCAUUUGAGAAAACAUGUAGAAGAGUAAUAUUAAAUUUAUUAUUAACCUUCUCUUGACAACUUAAGUCAUUGAGAUCAGUUGAAUUUUUUUUUAUAAUAUGCUUCAUUUUACAUAAUAUUUAAUAAUAUUUUUUUAUAAUAAAGGUUGGUGCACGACACGAGUUGUAGACUUUUCUAGUUCCUUUUUCUUUAGAUUGUGGUCAAAGUGAAAAAAAAAAGAGGAGUCCAAUUCCGUAGAAUGUUCCAAAUUGUUUGUGUAUGGUAUGGUAUGGUGGGUUGGUUACGUACAUGUGUGAAGAAAGAACAUUAGCCUCACCACUUCGAAGUUUGAACCACGUUUUGCUUUUAAUUAAUUUGAUCCACAUUAUUCGUGUUCGCUUUGGUAAGUGGUGGGUUGGCUUGUUCUUUACAGCCAAUUAGCUAAAUUAAAUUAGGUGUGGAUGAUCAUUAUGGUGCAGAACUCUUGGCUUUGCGAGAUGCGAUUCGGUGCUCUUUGAAGGGUCUCACCGAUGUAGUAUUUCACGAAGAUGUAAAGGUUGUUCUCGAUAAGGUGCGUGGGAAAGAAGUCCGGGAUGUGAAAGGUGGUAGCAUUCUUGAGGAAAUUCAUUUGAUACGUCAGCAAUAUGUUCGGUUUGCGGUGGAAUUCGUUGGUAGGCAAAACAAUUGGGCUACCCAUUCGGUGGCUAAGAAAGUCCUUUCAUUGUU